UUCAGUUAAGACUCCAUUUGCUGUCGGAUGGUCAUACAGGUACUGAUAAUACGCCAACAGUCUGACUUAGCUAAAAGCUGGUUUAGCUUUAGCUUUGCUUGGCCAAAAACUGUCAAGAACAAUGCCACGAAAGACAUUUGAUGUGCAUGGAAGGAUGAAGGGAUCUUCCAAGACCACAUCCGGUAACUUUGAAGAGAUGCAUGUGCCUACAGAAACCUUACCAACCAACGACACUGAUGGUGUCCAAGGCUCUGCGUGGUUUUUUCUGCAUGGUAAUAUGGCUGUGUGGUUAGUCCAACAAAAUCGAGUCAUACUGGUAGAGAGAGGAGGCUUUCAGAAUUUCCGAGAUUUCCUGUUACAGUGCAGUGUAUUUACACUUCAUGAAGUGGAGACUAUUGAGGCAGAGAAGACCAGACAUGGCCAAAUGUCAUCGUGUUUGGACACACUGAGCCGUAAACCAGACACGAUUAUACAAAUGUUCUUCAUGACUCUCGAGAAAGCCGACAAAGUUCUCUACAGUCAGCUUGUAUGGCCAGUGCCAUCUGAAUCUGAUGUAAAAGAAGUCACAUCCAAGACAGAGGUCCACCAGCAAACAAACCUGUCUUUGACACAGACUGAACUUGCCGAAUGGUACAAACGUGUUCUGUCCAAACUGCAACCUCUUCCAUGGUGCAAAUGGUUUCAAGUAAAUCUUGACCAGGUGUUCACUAAUCUCACGAUUGUGCCGUCCCUAAAACACCGGUUAUCAAUAGAAUCUGAGGAAAAACUAAGGCACGGUGAACCUGAUACCAUGAAAUUCCUGACCAAAUUUCUCUGGUCUUCAAACAAAAGAACAGUAGCGUUUGUGGAAGGACCUGCCGGUUUCGGCAAAACUACGCUGUGUCGACAUCUAGCCUAUGUCUGGGCAACGUCCAAUAAGGCAAUUUGCGAUCGUACCUUCGAUCUCGUCUUCAUCCUGGAAGCUCGAGCUCUGUUCGGCGAUUUUAAGGACUGUGUUCUCAAGCAGCUAUUCCCAGACGAUUUUAAACUGGAUGGAGACGACAUAUUCAGCUGCAUUACUGGCGUUGACAAGGACUGUCUCUUCAUUAUUGAUGGCGUUGACGAGCUAACCGGAAAUGGCAAGGAUGUGAUUCUGAAAAUCCUUGGCGGAAAUUCGCUCAGACGUUGUAAUAUUCUACUGACAGGGCGACCGGAAGUGUCUGGAGAAUUCAUCGAACUCGUUGACAAACACCUGAAAAUAAUCGGGUUUUCAACCAAAGAAACACAAUUCUACAUCAAAAAAUAUUUCGAAGGACGCUCUGUCGGACUCAGAGACAAGCUUCUUCAGAGUUUGGACACCAACAAGCGCCUGCGCGAACUUGCUGUGAAUCCUUUCACCGCGAUGCUCUUGUGUGUCCUGGCAGAGGAGAAAGACGGGGCUAUUCCAUUACACCACACAGACGUACUGAAAGAAGUAAUACUGACUACCUGCAAACGGUAUGUUCACAAACUUCAGAAAUCUUCUUCAGGUGAAGAUAAAACUUCUUUUACAGUAAACGAGUUAUUAGAAGCGGCAGGUAACCUAGCCUACAAAGGUUUCACCAUGAACAGUUUGGUUUUCCCUGAAGAAUAUGUACAGACGUUUUGUGGAGCAGAUCUGGGCAGGCAUGUGUUAAAUUCUGGCUUGUUGUACAGAGAUUUCACAGUGUCCAGACUUCACUCCGUUGGCUACUGCUACUUCCCGCAUAAGUCAAUACAAGAGUUUCUUUGUGCUCACCAUCUGCGAAACAUUAAUCCGUCUGAUCUUCAACAAAAACUACAGUCGCUGCCACCUAACUAUCAUACAUCCCGUGGUGUUUUCAGGGUGUUGUUUGAUAUGUUUGAAACGCCGACGCCAGCCUUAAAGGCCUUGCUGUUACACUUUCUUCAGUGUUUAUUCACGAUAAAAAAUCAGGCUCACGAAUUCAGGCUACAUGUUGGGCUUGGUGAUCUCGCAGAAGCAAACACCAAAGUUAACCUCUUAGAUGUGUCAGCCGAGAUUAUCGGCAAAACUGACAGCCUACACAAACAAAUGUGCAAACAUUUGGUGUCUAAUAUCGACCACCAGAAGACACAGCCGUCUUCCUAUUCCUACUUAGAACAGAAGGUGCUGCAGAAAGACACUUUCAAGCCGAUUGUUGUUGCUGUGGAUCUGAAGCUUCAGAGAGACCCUCGUAAGUCACACAUGUGCCCGAACUCUUGUGUUGGAAGACCGAACUCUGUGGAGCGAACUGUGGAUGGACUUCAUCUUAAGGCGUCCGUGUGUGUUCCGUAUUUUCGAGAAAAGGUGCUGCAUUAUUACGAACAUCGCUUCAGGCGUUAUCCAGGACUGACUUUACCAUGGGUUCACUGCGAGAAUAUCAACACAGCUAACGCGCUUGUGAAGGAUGACAUCACUGUUGACGUUGUCAGUGUCACACUUCUGCCAGGAAUCUUCACACUAAAGGAUUUGCGAACUCUCCUCGCUCGUCGCAGAACAGGUGGAUUGUUCUUGUUGAAUCUAAAUCACCCGCACGACGAUUAUUUGGAAUUAAAUAUCCUCUCUGUUAUGAAGUCCAGCAAAUGCCGUCAGCUGUACGUUCACAGGUGUUCUCUCCAAGACAGUUGCCAAAGCCAUCGCAGUUUAGUGUACAGUUUUCAAUGGUCCCCUCAACAACUGUUUUACGACAGGUUUUGUCCUUACUGACCACGAUGUCCAGAUUGGUUUACCGUUGAAUGGGGGUGAUUGCUCAACAGUUUACAUCUACGCAAAAUUGUUCCAAACUUUGCAAAAGCACAUUCAUGUUGAGUGACUUUAUUUCGCUUGGCCAAUGAAAGUGCCCAAUCAAGGGAGGUCACUCUCAGCGAACAUAUAAGUAUGGCAUACACACUCUACGCCAAGAGCACGUGCAAUAUACAUUGUAAAAGCGUGGUCAGAAACACAAAUAAAUGCCCAGUGGCUAGUCCAGGGCUAAAAAGAAAAGAAAGAGAAAGUUUAAGCUAAGAAGACGUACUUGUGAGAAUAGGUCAUCGAUGUUGCAAAUCAGCGUCCAAAUACGACACAAUUUUUUUCUUGUUAAGAGCCCUUUUUUUCUUUGGUGGGUGGGGGGGGGAAGCUUUUUGAAAACUUUGAUUAUCUACUUCUUAAAUGUAUAUCAUGCUCUCGUGGUCGAUAUGAAAACUUCGAUGUGGUACUGCAAGAAAACCAAAAGAUUCUUCUGCUCAAUAAACUCAGCAAAUUGUGAGCAUUAGUUUCUCCCAAAUUGAAUUAAAGUCAACAAAACACAUCUGCCACUGUUGGCACCAGUACUAUGUAAAAAACUGCCAGCAACAUGCGGAUGGUCGUGGGUUUCCUCAGUGCACUGCCUGGUUUCCUUCCACCAUAAUGCUGGCCGCCGUCGUAUAAGUGAAAUAUUCUCGAGUAUCAAAUAAAUAAAUAAAUGUAAAAGACUAAAGAGAUAUAAUUAAAGACACACAGCAUAGAGAGUAAGACAAGAACAGCGACGACAGUGUAAUGGCUGGCAAAAUGAUCACACGUAACCCGUGAAAUACGGGUAUUCGUCUUACACUGUUCAUGUAAUUGCAUGAACAGUGGCAAGUUACACGGCCCUAGUACCCCAGCUUAAGGAGAAUUAGGUCAAAAUGAAGUGAUGUUAAUUGCAAUUUUUUAGACUUCACCGGUCUAGAAUUACUUAAAAUGCUGUGUUGUCAUCCCAUUUAACAUACAAUUCCAUUAAAACAAUGCAAAGGGACAAGGCCUAGGGGAUAGUUAGUCCACCAGCAGAAUCCUGGUUUAUGCAGGAAAACAUUAUAAUUAAAGACAGUGUGAUAGCUGUCAAAUGGUCACAGGUAACUUGUGAAAUACGUCCUCUUGUCAAUCUACCUCAGUCAAUGUUUGUUAUUUUAGCACCAUGGCCUAAUCAGAAUUAGGUUAAAAAAUAUGCAGUGAUAUUAAUUGCAAUUUAUUGCAAUUGCAAUUUAUUAGACGUCACUGGUCUAAAAUAGUAAUAGUAAUACCAGAGCAUCGACGACAGUGUUGCACUUGGCAAAUUGUCACACAUAACGGGUGAAGUACGACCUCCUGUCAGUUUACGAAUAUAUUCUAACUGUUCUGUAAAUGUUUUAACAGCAUCAAUUUACGAGCAAUAAACCCGUACGAUACGUAAUCCUGAUUUUGAGAUUGAUUUUAAUUUUAUAGGAAAUGCAAAUACACAUUGUCUGUAGGUCUAUUUUGUGCACGGUGUCAGACUUUUAUUCCCAAUACACGAUUGCUUCACAUUAUCAAAGAUCUCCAUAACACAAAUAUUAUUUACCGCUUUACACUAAUCAAUGAACGUCAUGCAUAAUAUAACAUGCAGCGGAAUCAUAAACCUUGGUGGGUGUUGUAUAAAUAUUUUAACACCGACCAAGCCCUUACCGUGUAUGAGUUAUCGCCCAUGUUUACUGCGCAUGAUCUCAGCUAUAUACCUGGUAAGCGGUUAUGUAAUAGACCAAGAGGCUUAAGCCCAAUAUGUACUG